GGAUAGUCUUGUCGUUACAUAUACGCCACAAGUAUUAUCUACGAAUACAUAUACGUAUCUAGUUUUUCCACACAUACAUAUUCACAUCCUCGUUAGUAUACAAUCCACCUCCAUACCCAUAUAUAUAACCAAUCGCAAUCAUGGCAGACGAUACACCCGCAGAUUUCUUCGAUCUGUCCACCACCAAGAAGAAGAAAAAGAAAAAGACACUUCCUAACUUCGAUGCUGAUACUGCUGGCAAUACCACAGCCGAAGGUGUUUUGGAAGGUGCCGCAGAGGCAGUCACAAAUGCCGUGGAAGAGGUCGCAGCUGCCGUAGGUGAUAUUGAUCUCUCGUUCGGUGGCAAGAAGAAGCGCAAAAAGAAAACGGCGCCUGCUGAUUUCGGAGACUUUGACGCGCCAAAGAAACAGGCUGAGCCCGUGGCAGAGGAAACGGAAGAAGUAGAGGGUGCGGAUUUGGAGUUGACCAAAAAGAAGAAAAAGAAAAAGAAAAAGGAUCUUGCGUUCUUGGAUGAAGACGAAGGAGGAGAUGCUUUGUUAGAAGACGAUGCCGACGAUACCAAGGAGAAGAGCAUUUGGGCUCAGGAUUGUGAACGCGAAUAUGCAUACGAGGACCUUCUAGCACGUGUAUACCAAACAAUGAAGCAACGUAAUCCAGACAGUGCUGCGGGAGAGAGGAAGCGUGUGACCGUGCGACCGCCACAGAUUGUCCGAAUAGGAACAAAGCGUACUGGUUUUGUCAACUUCGUCGAGAUUUGCAAGCAAGUGCACCGUCUGCCCGACCACGUGAUGGCAUACGCACUGUCGGAGUUGGGUACUACUGGUUCGAUCGAUGGUGACAGUAAAUUGGUAAUUAAAGGACGUUUCCAGCAGAAGCAGAUCGAGAAUGUGCUGCGAUCGUAUAUCCGAGAAUAUGUGUCAUGUCACACGUGUCGGUCCCCCGAUACUAUCCUCACCAAAGACAACCGUCUGUUCUUCCUGCAAUGCGAGUCGUGUGGUGCCCAGUGUUCCGUAGCAACCAUCCACUCCGGUUUCCAAGCCAUCACCACCAAGCGUGCCAAGAUCCGUGCCGCCCAGUAAACACAGGAUUUUUUGGUUCCGCCAUAAUUACGCUAAUAAAAUUGGCUUUCGAGCUCCUUGUAUA